AAUUUCCCACCUGUGGGUAGGGAGGGGGAAUCUUGAAAACGCGCGCGGGUUUGUUUAAUGAAAACUUGUUGCUCGCGCGGUUUGAACAGCACAAAUUUAUGUUGUGUUUUUUGUGUGAUUUGAUUCAAUUUGAUUGAAGGCAUCCCACUUGCCACUUGUGCUGCAACAAAAAAAGGCAAAGCAAACGGAAUAAAUGCAACAAAAAAACGGAGGAGAUUGCAAUUGGAACUGAAUGGCAGUUGUCGGCCUUCCGUCUUCUCCUUCAUCUUCGUUCAUUUUGAAGAGAAGCACAACGAAAAUUUGCAGUGAAAGCGAAUGAGAGCUUGGACAAACAUCAACAGGAGCACGGGAGCACGAAGGACCAACCCAAUAAUAAUAAGCAAACAGAGAUAGCGUGAGGACAGAGGCAGCAGGACGAAGGAUAAGCGUGGUCUCGUUGCCAUGAGGGCAGCCUCGGGUAUUGUCCAGGAGUAGCCAGAGACGGAAGCUGCAGCUGCAACAGCAACAGAAACAGCAACAUCAACAGAGUGUCACAACCACAAUAGACACCAGACAGAAGCCACAUCCGCACUUGCAAUCAAAUCAAAACAAAUUCAAAGAUGCAAAUUACACUUUGCAUACACAAACACGAAAGAGCAACAGCAGCAACAGCAGCAGCAUCUACAUCUACAGUGGCAGCCACAUAAAUUGCCGUCAUCAAAUGCUUAAAAUUUGCGUUUGAAUACAACUGAGAAGAAACAUAUCAUAUAUCCGUAAGGUAUACGAGCGCGUCUGUCCAAAAUGAUUAAGGGUAUUCUGAUACAACGCAAGAGCCAGGAGGAUGCCAGCUACGCGAAGCAGCUCAAGAUGGAGCAUGCAGAUCUGGUGGCCGAGAUGCAAACGGUGGAGAGUCUGCCCACCCACGAGCGCCUCCAGCUGGCCAGAUUACGACGUGCCCAGCAGCUGAAGCUGUCGCGGCAGAAGGACAAGGAGUGGGCAAAGCUGCAGCGAGCCAAGGGCAAUACAGGAAGCGCUGCGGUGGCAGCAAGCAGUGCCGGCCACGGCCACAGUCUGAUGAACGGCACUGGAGAUACCACGCAUCAUUUUCGGCACGCCAACGGCUCGGGGACGGUGAGCGGCCGGCGGCACAUAUCCUUUGAGAACAGCGUGGUGCUGCUGGAGGCGGCCUCGCGUAACGAUAUGCCAGAGGUGGCGGCGCUGCUGCAGCAUGGCAUUACGCCGGAUGCGGCCAAUGAGGACGGACUGACGGCCAUGCACCAGGCGUGCAUCGACAACAAUGUGCAGAUGCUGCAGCUGCUGCUCGAGUACGGGGCGGAUGUGGAUGCGCAGGACAGUGAUAAAUGGACGCCGCUGCAUGCGGCGGCCACCUGCGGCCACCUCGAGCUGGUGCGCAUCCUCAUCCGGCACGGUGCUAACCUGCUGGCCGUCAACACGGACGGCAAUAUGCCCUAUGACCUGUGCGACGACGAGAACUCGCUGGACUUCAUCGAGGGCGAGAUGGCCCAGCGUGGCGUCACCCAGGAGCUGAUCGACGAGACGCGCUCCUCCACGGAACGCAUCAUGCUGCGGGAUCUCAUGGAACUGGUCCGCACUGGCGGCGAUCUCGAGGAGGCGGACUAUCAGUGUGCCACACCACUCCACAUAGCCGCCGCCAAUGGAUAUGUGCGCGUGGUGGAGUUCCUGCUGGAGCAACACGUCAAUGUGGAUGCCAUGGACAAGGAUCUGUGGACGCCAGUGCACGCGGCCGCCUGCUGGGGUCAUCUUGAAGUACUCGAGAUGCUGGCCCAAUGCGGCGCCGAUUUGAAUGUCCGCAACAAGGACGAUGAGACGCCCUCAGAUAUCUGUGAGGAUCCCGAGAUCAGGGAGCGCAUUGAGCAGCUGAAAACGGAGCAGGAGAGCAAACGACUGGCCGAGGCGCAACGAAGGCGCGUUCGCCGCUCCCAGAGCAACAAUACCAGAGCGCAAUCGGUGCGUCGAACCAGUUUGCGGGACAAAACGCUGACAACCAAAAAGGAUGCCGUCGAGGAGACACGCCUACGGCUGCAGGCCCAGGAGGCGACCGCCACAGAGGGGGCCCCUGCUUCUGUGGAUCCCCUGUCCAAUGGCUAUGGCUACGGCAACAGCAGCGGCGGCGGCAGCAGCAGCAGCAAUCACAACGGUGAGAAGCGUCCCUCGACGGCCAGCCAAAAUGGCCAUGGCCCUGGCCAGCUACUGCCACACUCCAAGUCCGCCGAUGCGGUGGACAACGCCACGUCGAUCACUUCAUCCACAUCCACAACAACCGCAACACAUUCCUUCCAGUCGCGUCGUCCACCCGAUGGCCGCGAAAACGAUGAGCUGCUCCGCCUGAAGGGAGCCCAGGACGGUGCCGUGGGUGAGAUGCAGCGCGCCACCUCGGCGGCGGCCGUCAUCCUUACCGACAAGGGUACGGCGGCCAGUGCCGAGGCCGUGCAGUUCCAGUCGUCCAAAGAGGCUGCCAACGGCAAGAUCAAUGUCCAGGUCACCGUUCUAGUGGACACGAACAGCACGCAUCAUCAGCAGCAGCUCCAGCAACAUGCAAUGCUGUUGCAGCAACAUCAACAGCAACAGCAACAUGCUGCCCACAUGGAUGGCGGCUUCAGUGCUGCGACACUGUCGAACUUAAAGAAGCAGCGCUCCCUCUCACGCACCGCGAAUGUCCUUAGCAAUUUCGAGUUAUCAUCGACAUCAAACCCCACUACGACAACGACAACAUCCACAGCAUCGAAUCCCAUUGUAGCGGCAGUAGCAACAGCCACAGCAACAACAACAACUAAUGGUUCUGUUUUAGGGGCCAACAACAACAAUAACAACAGCACCAGCAACAACAACAACAGCGCCACCGCACCGAUCUCCACCCAACCGCUGGGACUGGGCCCCAUGGGUGGUGGUGGUCCCGGCAGCCUGCUGGACUUUGAGGCGGCAUCGCCGGCAACGAGCAAUUCGGUGAACAAGUUUAGCGGCAUCACAGGCGACGUAGUCAGCGACAGCACCAGUUCCAGCCGCAAGUGUUGCGUCCUCAUGUAGGAGCACAGCGCUCAGCUCAACACGCUCCAACUGUUUAACAGGGUAUUAACCAAGAGAAGGAGGCAUUAUCGUGACGAAUGCCAUCGCAAAGAUUUGUCAGAUAGAUAGAUUCGACCAUUUUUUAUGUGGGAUUUUGUGUAAGCAAGCAAAACAAAAAAGUGUCUUUUUUUUAGAAAUGUAGUGAGAAAAUUUGUUGAGAAUUAUAUUAAUUGUAUAAACCAGAAAACUUGAUUCAACAAAGAGUUCAAUUCUGUGAGCUCCACAUAAACGGCUCAAAGUCGUUGCAUUUUCCUAUAACGAAAGCUACACUACACACACACACACACACACACAACAACAAAUUUAUAUAUACACACAAAUAUAUAAAGAUUUAUCCAAGAAAAUAAAUGUGAGCAGUUUACCUUAGUUUAGUCUAUAUAUAUUAUAUUAUAAAAUGAGAAUCAAAAUCAAAAAAACAGAAAAAACAGCAAAAGCAGCAAAACUAUUUAUAUAGAAUUGUUAAGGACUCUUAUUAAUUGAUGGAUUGUUCACUAGAUUUGCCUGUUUAUUUGCCUGAGAUUGCAAGCGUGUGUGGUGUGAGAAAUGAACAAGACAAGCUAAGUAUUAUGCGAAAGUAUGAAAUAUAUAUUUAAUUAAAUAUACGCUAGCAAAAAUUAUAGUUAAAUCGAUAAAGUAAAGCAAAGCAAUGAAACGAAAUGAAAUGCAAAAACACUUAAGCAAUUUCCAAACCAAUAAAUAAAUGUGUACACGUU